UCCUUAUUUUUUAGUAAACAUGGCGACUUCCUCGGCGCCAGCGUCCGACCCCAAUCCAAACAUUCCAGAUUACGACUACGGCAACAAGAAUACCAAAAAGUUCCACAUCGACUCGUUCAGAAAAGAGUGGCUGAGUAGACUCAAGCCGUCCGACUAUUCCUACGACAUCGAGGACGAAGACACGUUUAACGCCAAUUUUGCUCACGAGAUGGGAGUCAGCGUGGACAUGAUGCGGGAGCUCAAAGAGGUCUGCAGCCCCGCAUUACUUCGUUGCGAUCCCGAGGACCAGGAGCCUGACCCAGAAGUUGUACCUGAAGACUCCACGUUGAAAACUCUCAUCGAAAGGAAAAAGAGGCAAGAUUACAAAUCCUCUCUAAAAAUCAACAAGAACAGACACGACCUUUAUGCAGACGAGCAGGAGCGACUAUUCGUCAUGACGAAACCAGAUACCGUGGAAAAUCUAGUCCCGGAAGGAGACGUGAUUCUGACAAUCAACAUCUACUAUCCGGCUACAUUUGAAAAGUUUUGCUACGUCCGACCCCACAUGACGCUGCUGGUUCUGGGCUCACAAAGCCUGUCGGAGCUGCGAGACGCCAUUUGCUGCGCUAGCGACCUACAAGUGUGCGGCGAGUUCAGCAACACACCGGACAUGGUGCCCGAUGUAGUCAACAAAGACAUCUACAAGUCUGCUUUCUUUUUCUUCGAAGGGGUGUUUUAUAACGACAUGCGCUACCCCGAAUGCCGCGACAUCAGCCAGACCACCAUCACAUGGGCCAAGGCUAAGAACUUCCCGCCGUAUUCCCAGGCCAAGAUGGAGGACACCAAGGUGGCGGAUCUGGAGGUGAAAGUGGGCUUCCCUUACCUCUACUGUCACCAGGGCGACUGUGAGCAUGUCGUCAUCAUCACAGACAUCAGAUUGACGCACAAGGACGACUGCCUGGACCGGAAGUUCUACCCGCUACUAACUCACAAACAUCGAACCGCCACGCAGAAAUGUGCUGUUUGCUACACUUAUAUUGCCAGGUGGUGCACCACCGGCGACCAGUUUGCCCCGAGUCACCCUUGCGUGUUUUGCGACAAAUGCUUCCGCAUGCUGCACUACGACGCCGACGGCAACAAGUUGGGCGAAUUCCUGGCUUACCCCUACACGGACCGCGGCGCUUUCAACUGACGCCGUUUUGCACCAGGUUGACUUCCUGUUUUGUGGUUUAUAUUUAUUUGAAACUUGUAAUAAAGAUUUGUUGACAGAG